GCCGCAUCCCGGCCCUGUGCGCUCACGUGUUCCGAGAAAACGCGCAGAACAGCGAGGCCGGGCUGCGGAGGUAUUCAGAAUUGCUUGAGAAGAUCAGGAAAGGAGAUGAGAAAGCAAUAUUGCGUCAUACCCAAAGAAACAAGAAGCUACUUGCUCGUGACCGCCUGAGAAUGCUCCUUGAUGAUGAACCUUUCCUUGAGCUUUCCCCUUUUGCAGGCCAUAAUUUGCCAUAUGGUGAUAUCCCUGCCGCUGGAUGCCUCACUGGAAUUGGAAAAAUCUGUGGACUCUGGUGUGUCUUUAUGGCACAUGAUGCAACAGUAAAAGGAGGGACCCUUUUCCCUAUUGGAGUGAAGAAAAACCUGAGAGCUCAAGAAAUAGCAAUUCAAAACAGGCUUUUAUCUGUGUAUCUGGUUGACAGCGGGGGAGCAUUCUUACCACUACAGGCAGACCUCUUUCCUGACCGAUCACAUGGUGGUAGAGUCUUCUACAAUGAGGCAAUAAUGUCUGCUAUGAAAAUCCCUCAGGUGGCAGUAGUGUGUGGUUCUUGUACAGCUGGGGCUGCCUAUUGUCCUACCAUGACAGAAGAAACUGUGAUUGUAGAUAAAAUCGGUACUAUGUUCCUUGGCGGACCACCUCUGGUAAAAGCUGCCACAGGGGAAGAUAUUACACCUGAGGAACUAGGAGGAGCCAAACUUCACACUAAAGUCAGUGGCUGUCUCGAUCAUUUUGCAUCUUCAGAGAAGGAAGCAUAUGAAUGUGUGCGAAAUAUUAUUUCAACGCUGAAUUUUGAACUUCCACCAGAGGAGACCACAGAAUAUGAUGAUCCACUCUAUAGUGCUGAUGAGCUCUUGGGACUUGCACCACGAAGUUAUAGUUAUACUUUGCCUAUAAAACUGAUUCUGAGCCGUCUGAUAGAUGGAAGCAGAUUCCAGGAAUUCAAAGCUGAAUAUGGAACAACUUUAGUAACGGGAUUUGCCCAUGUGGAAGGACAUCUAGUUGGAAUAGUGGCUAACGAUGGGGAGCUGACUCAUGAUGCUUCUCUAAAGGGAAGUCACUUUGUGCAGCUGUGCAGUCAGCGAAGUGUUCCCAUCCUGUUUCUCCAGAAUACUGCGCCGCACACAGCAGACCCAACAAGUCUCUCACAGGCAGAGGAUCAUACCAAUAAAUUAAAGGCCCAGGCCUCCAUGAUGGCUGCAGUCGCUUGUGCUGCUGUACCCAAAAUAACCCUUGUUGUUGGCGGCUGCUAUGGGAAUGAAAGUUAUGCUAUGUGCGGGAGGUCAUUUGAUCCAAACUUUCUGUUCCUGUGGCCUAAUGCAAGAGUUGCCCUUGUGGAUUCAGGACAUUUCUCCACAUUCCCGGAAGCUGGGGAUGGGUGCUCAAGAGGUGAAUCAGAGUUAAAGCAACUAAAGGAAAAGUUAGCAGAAGAAAGCAGUGCAUUUUACUCCUCUGCCCGCCUUUGGGAUGAUGGUAUAAUUCUGCCCCAACACUCUAGGAAGGUGCUUUCACAGUGCUUAAAUAUAGUGAAACAGCAGAAGUACCAGACGGCACCUCUGCAACAAUAUCCUGUCAUCAGAAUGUAAUCAGAAGCCUCCACUUGCAGAUAAUUGGACUUUAAGGAAUCCUAGUACAUGGUGACAUUUGUUAAUGGAAAUGAUUUUCUGGCACUAGAAUACUGUUAAUGUAAAUGUAAGUUCUACAAAGUGUUGCCAUUGAGAGAGGAUUCUUGGAUUUUAUGUCCAUGUAGAGUAGGCUUGUAUUUUAAUCUAUAAUUCACUAGCCAAUUACUUGAAGAUUAUACUUUCUUAAAAAAAAA